GGCAUCCGUGGGAGGACAGUUUUGUAACCAGAAAAGCGUUUUUAUUUACUUUUCGAUUUUGAGGCCAGCUCCGCCUCCGGGUUGUCUGAGGGAAUGUCUGGCUUUAGGAGGAGUCCAAACUAUCGGAAUACAAUUAAAAAAUACACCCGCUUUAGAUACAGGCCUGGACUUUGAAAAUAAACACAUUAAUAUUUAUUUAAUUGCACUUCAGCCCGAGAUGGAGCCGGGGAGCUUGCGUGAGAGCCCGGCCGGGUCAGGGGGGCCCGACGGCCAGGAAUGGAGGGAAGAGAAUCAUAGCGACAGUUCAGAGCCGCUAGAAAUCGAGAAAGAAGGGAAGCGAGAGGGAGAAGGGGACGGUGAAAAUACAGAAGCCGGGGAAAGAGACGCAGAUGGACCGGAGGGGGAACAGAGAGCAGACGAAGAGGAAAUUGACGAGCAAGAAGAACUGGAUCCUAGAAUACAGCUGGAGCUGGAGCACUUGAAUCAGGCCAGUGAAGAAAUCAACAAUCUUGAACUGCAACUCGAUGAAGCUCGUUCUGCUUAUAGGAAGAUCCUUACAGACUCGGCACGCAAACUCAAUGCUCAAGGAUCCCAGCUAGGGGCUUGUAUAGAGAAGGCAAGACCUUACUAUGAGGCCAGGAGACUCGCUAAAGAGGCCCAGCAGGAGACGCAGAAAGCAGCUCUGAGCUACGAGCGAGCCGUCAGCAUGCACAACGCCGCGCGGGAGAUGGUGUACGUGGCAGAGCAAGGGUUAAUGGCGGACAGCAAUCGACUGGACCCCACCUGGCAAGAGAUGCUGAACCACGCCACCUCCAAGGUGAAUGAAGCUGAGGAGGAGAGGCUGCGCAGUGAAAGGGAGCACCAGAGAGUGACUCAGCUGUGCCAGCAAGCGGAGGCCAGGGUUCAGAACCUGCAGAAAUCACUCAAGAGGGUCAUCGUGAAGUCCAAACCCUACUUUGAACUCAAAGCACAGUUCAACCACAUCCUGGAGGAACACAAGUCUAAAGUGUUGGAGCUGGAGCGCAAAGUAUCCCAGGUGAAACUGCGCUACUCUUUGGCUCUGAGGAACCUGGAACAAAUCAGCGAACAAAUCCACGCCCGCCGUCGUCGAGGCAACAGAAAGAAACGGGACUUGCCCCAACCAAUAUCCUGGGAGGGGCGGGGCUCGCCGGUGGGGGCUGAGUCAGAAGCGGCUUGUCUUGCAAUCCCAGGAGCUGGGGUGGGAGGGGCUGACUAUGAUGUCACAAGCCCCUCCCACCCCCUAGAUUCAGCUGAUAAUAUCUCGGUUCUCAGUCUGCAGACCAUCGCUUCGGAUCUGCAGAAAUUUGAUUCUGUGGAGCACCUCGGGGAGAUUCAGUGCGAUGCUACCAGUCUGCACAGCGAUGACCUAGGCAGGGGUCAGAGGGAGGUCGAUCGGGAUAACAGAGGGCAGGGAGGCAGGUGUCAUUCUCCCACCUUCUUAAAACACCAUCGGAGCAUCAGCUUGUGAGAUAUGAAGACAGAGUUCUCUCUCUGGCUGUGUCUGAGAGAACUGUGAAGUAUCAGAUGUAAUUUUCUUGUUCAGGUUCAUUUUGUAUCAUUUUCUGGUAAAGUUACUUCUGGUGACUUUAUUUAUUUAUUUAUUUUUUUAAACGUAGAAGUUUUAAAGCACCACUGUGGUCUCAAUAAAGCUCUCAGAAUCAUGUCUGACCUCCAAGUAUAUCUGGUAUACCAGAGUGUAACCAUUAAUCUGUCCCCCUGAAACUCUGCCCCUGGUGGAUGUAAUAAAUACAACAUGUGUGGGAUUCUAGUUUUAGUAUGUGGCUUUUCUUUUUAUGACAUUUUUGCUGCUGGGGGAAGAGAUUGAAUGGUUACACACUGAUGUACUUGGGGGUUCGAUUUCAGAGAGCUCUAUUGAGGCCACAGGGUCCCUUUUAAAGAGUCAUCAGGAUUUGAUGAUUACAACAAAGUAUGAUACAGAGCAAAUCUAAACAGGAAUAUAACUACAUUAGUUAAGAUUUGAAAUCCUUCCGAAGGACCAGUGAUCUCAUUGCUAGUGCUAAUAACAGGUAAGGAGUUUAAAAAUAAGACAUUUCAAUCUUGUACAUGAACUGACAGUUCAAUUCAUGUGUAUGUGGCAACCCUGACGCUUACAUAUAAAGAAGACAGAAAACUGCAUCUCCGUUUCAAGCCCGACAGACAGGGAUGAUGGACCCGCUGCUGGCUUUUGAUUGGGAGAGGAUAGCGUGUGCUCAUUCGGUAGGUGCUUCCUUCCUUGUAUAUCCAAGACUGCACAGAUUCGUGUUUCAAAAGAAAAUGGAUCUGACUUGAUACCAUCUAGACUGUAUGCUGUUCUGCAUUGGAGAACAAACUUGGCUACAGUCCCACCCCAGUACAAUACAAUACAAUCAAUCACCCUUGAAGGAAUUGGAGGCUACUGUAAACCACUGAGGAUCCCUUCAGAAUACUUAAAAAAUCACCUUGCAGACUCAAUUCACUGUCCCGUGGAACUGUGCAGUCUAAACCCCAUUGACAGUGCUAUGGCGGGUGUUUGGUCCUAUUGAAUGGAAAUUCUUUGUGUGUGGGAUGGGGGGGACUUAAUGGAAUUGAGAUUUUUAUUUAAUUUAUUUAAUUUUUUUUAUCAUUAAACUUGAAAACAUUGUUCAUUUUCUGUGUCUGAGACAGGAAUGGAAAUAUGUACGUUUUGUGACGAGAUAGUUCUGCUAAAGCUGCUCAGCAUUUAUCACUGCUCCACAUCUUGGGGUUGAAGAAGCAACAAGGGCAUACAUGAGGAAACUUGGUCACUUUAUUAGGACAUGUCUACUUGAUUUGGUAUCGCCCUGGUGUGGGGCAUAAUCUCCUGGUAUACUCUGGGUGCCUAGAUCACAAAUGUGCUGGGAUUGUGCAGGAACGGUUUGAGAAACCUGACGGACUGCAGGCAUCUUUCACUACAUUCCCUCACUCUUAAUCCAUUGAGCAUGUUUAGGAUGAACUCUACUCGUCAUCACAGUCCUUUGUCUGCCUUACUAGUUGCUUGAAAUAUUAACAAAUGGAUUUAAAUCCCUCAAGUCACCUUCCAGCACCUUGUGGAGUCUAUGCCACAUCAAGGCUGUGAUCAGGGCAAGCUACGACCAGGUCCUAAUAAAGUGGCCAAGCAGUGUAUGUCACACAUACGUCUAGAGAACCACAUGUCAAUCUCUUUAUUAAUGAUGUCCUUUAAAGGGGGUGCCAGUGAUAAUGUUACUAAUGCUAGUAACAGAAUAUUUUAAGAGGGGGCAAUUAUUUUAAAGAAGGCUUGGUUAACACUCCUUUAAAGGGGGCAGUGAUAAAGUUGCUUCUACUAAAAAGCGGUAAGAUGAUUUUAAAGGUUUGGUUAGGACUCUUUUAAAGAGGGGCAGGGAUACUUUUGCUAGUGCUUAAUAAAGAGAAGAAACUGAAUUUUAAAAGCCCUGGUUCUCUUUAAAAGGUAAUGCUUUUAAGACACUAUCCAAGCUGUAAAAAUGGACAUUGGGUUGUAUCGCCAUGUGAUUCACCUACUUCCUUCCUGUCAUCAGGUAUAGGAAAAGAAAUUGAUUUAUAGUGUGGUAAUUGUGGCUUAAAUGGGCUGAACUCAGGUCAGCGAAAAUAAAGGAAACUUUAGUAAAAUGGUAAGACUUGAAAAUGCAAAACUUUGCUCCAUUUCAGGAAAAUAAGUUCUGAAAACUGUAUUUAUUUAUGGACAAACUGGAAACUGCUCUUUCAGUAAAAGAUGACGAAGAAAGGGUUCACUACAGUAAACCAAGUGUGUAUAUACUGACCUGCCAAAGAAUUUAAGUUAAAUGUCCUGGACUGCAGUGUAUGCACAUGUGUGGUGGCAUGACGUGAUCCACUAGGCCUACAUACAUUAUGUGCAACUAUUCGGCAACAGUCAUGGAAAAGCAGAAAGACCUCAGUGACUUGACAGGGGCGAGAUUGUGGGUGCGUUGCCCAGCAUAAAGACAGUCUCCUGGGUGUUUCUGGAAUGACGUUUACAGAACAAAUGCAACCAUAUUAUGACCUAUUAAGGCCAUACAUUUUAGAUGCAAUUGCGCUAUUAUCUUUUGCCACCAGAGAGUAGGCUAUAGGAGAUGCUCACAACUGCGCCUAUCUGUUGCUGACCAGUAGGGGGUGCUGUAAUCGAUGUUCAAUACAGCACCUUCUCUAAAACGCAGAUAUCAUUACUAUGUGUGAAUAUUGUAUUUAAAAUAAGUGGAUAUCCAAAACUUUAAAGCAAACACUAUGUCUGUCUGCUGCUAUGAAGACGAGUAACGCACUUUGUUUGAAGCAGCUUGCCCUUUCUAUACAGGGAGGCCAGUAAAUAGUCAGGCGGUUCAUUUAUUCACUUUUCUGUUAAUUACAGUUAAAGCGUGUAUUCCUAGUAAAAGAAAUGGUCACCUGAAAUAGAUUCCGUCUUGCAUGAAUUCCAGUAUUUUAAUGUUUGUUUCGGGCGAAAGUAUUUUUAAACUUGAGAGUGCUUCAAGUUUAAUUUCCGCGUCCGCUUUGGAGCUCCUGGGGGUAGAGAGGUGGCUGGUCUGAGGAUCAGAGGAGACACAAUGACCUUCAGUUCUCCUGUUGAGCUGAAAAAAAAUACUGCCGUGAAACAAAAAUGAAUAUAUUGGAAUGCAUGUGCCAGGCAGAGUUGAUUUUCAGCUAUCUGUUUUUUUUAAUUGGUUUUACUGGGAGGGGGUGGGACAUUCAGUUGUGUAAAAAAGCAAAGAACCAAACUUAAUUUGAACACUUGAUCAGUAUUGAAGGCAAUAAAUAGAAUGCUUGCGCAUGAUUUUGAAUCUACAGCAGUAUUGUGACUGAAGUUGACAUGGCAUACCUGAGAGUUGAAGGCACUACUUCAACUGAUUUGUGUCAGACUAUUUAAGCAAGUCUGUGUUGUAUUUAUAAAACAUUCCCAUUCUGUUAGUAUCACUUCUGAGCGUAAAUGGUGGCAGUAAGCGGAGCUAGCUAUCAGGAGUUCACCAAUAACCUGGCAACACAUUGUAAUAAUUUAAAACUUAAAGCUGUAGAGCUGCACAGACCGAUUGUUCUGAACAAGCUCUCCGCAGAUGAGUGUCAGUCGGGCUGAUUUACCAUUCCAAGUGAAGAAACAGCUGCUUGGAUUUGUGUGGACUGAUACUCUCCAGUCUAAAGCAGCAAUCAUUACAAACCCAGGCAGCUGUUUCUUCACUUGUUUCACUUUGAAUGGUAAAUUAGCCCGAUCAGCUCCAAUGACUUUCGUCUGAUUUCUGUGGAGAGCUCAGUCAGAAUGAUUGGAUCAUGCAGCACUACAAAGCUGUAAACAUUCACAGAUUGUGCAGGACAUGGAAGCCUUUCAAUCUUAUGCUUUCCCAAAAGUGAUAUUAAGUGAUAAACAUGAUUGAUAUUCCCAGAAUAACCAAAGUGAUAUCAGUGGUUUGUCCCCAUUGACUCCCAUAGUAUUCUGGCCUGGGCAUUUUAAUGGUGUGAUAUUGAGUGGGUUUGACUGUGAUGCCAUAGAGGGAACUUUGCUAUUUUUACACGACUGAACUAAACUAUAAUGAGAGUGUAUAAAACUUGGGGGGAGUUUAAAUUUUUAAAUUAUGUAUGCAACUGUAACAGGUAACUAGGCUAUUCAUCAAUUCUUCCUGGGAAAAACAGAAAUAUAUUGAAGAGAAGCUAUUUUCAAAUAUCAUGUUCAUUAUUUUUUUUUUUUUAUUUUUUUUUUUUUUUUACAUUUCCCUUAUUGGUUUAUGGUGUUUGGAAUCAGUUUCGGUGGUUCUGAGUUCUGGUGCUCCAAUAUAGAUUUUUAAUGUUCUCUUAAUCUGUCUUUGAGUUUGUCUGGAGAAUACUAAAUUCAGGGAGUAGAGUAGCCUUCCUCAUUCCAUUCAAUGCAGUUUUCCAGCUCUGCUAGCCCUGCCUACUCUACUUCUAUAGAUAAGUAGGUGGGGGUGGCAGAGUUGCAAUGAGGAAGGGUGGUCAGUGCCUGGCACUUAGGAUUCUCCAGACAAGCUCAAAGCCAGAUAAAGGCAGCGUUGUACUCCAUACUGAAGCAGUAGAACCACUGAGAAUGGUUAAAAAAAAGCAUCAAAUAGUAAAGGAAGUGUAAAAAAGCAAAUAAAGUAUCAUUUGAAAGGUAUUUUUAAACUUGCACUUAUCCGAUUUAAUGACUGAUAAAGAAAUCCAUUGAUUUCGCAGCAUACAAAAAUAAAGGAACCCUUUAUAACUGCCGCACCCUGACACUGCUGGUGAGCUCCAUGCUUUUAAACAAGUCAGCAAUUAGAUGAAACAUUUAAAAAUACUUAACAAGCAACUUUAUCAUAAGCAGGCCAAAAUCUGCUCCUCCUUUAAUUGUGCAGAACUGCAUGCUGUUCAGUUUAAAGAAACCUUACAGUUGUACCCAUAAUUGCCCUCCAUAAAAAUAACUUGUACCCUUCCAAAAGAUUCAAGUAUUUCCCUUUAUCUUGUUUUAAUGUCGGAUAAAUGGAAGAAAAAUGUGUAAAAUGGUCUCACUGCGGCAGUAAAAUUGUCAGGGCCCAGGGUGAAAGGGAAAUUAGCUUCCAAUUGUCUUAAAUCACUUCAUUCAUUACCAUUGAUUGGUACUUGGUUAUAUAGAUGAGGGCAAAUCCGAGAAAGGCAGCUUUUAUUGCUGCGAAAUUAAUAUAUAUUUUUAAAUGGCUUCUUUCGGUUUUAUUUAAUACUUGCCUACAGUGUUAAAGGGAAUUGGUCUGAUUUUCAGAGUAUCAGGACUCCCCUUUGCUUUGUACACUAGAUUGAUGCCUGCUUUCACAGACCCCCAUUAUCACUAAUCUUGGACGAACUAAUAUUAUUUUAGGUAAAGUAAUCCAAGACUAAUGCUAAUCGGGGUCUGUAAAACCAGUCGAUUAGAGUUCAUCUUUAUUUUAAAUCCAGACCUUAUUUAUUGGCACCCGGCCUUACAGUUCUCUCUCUCUUUUAACUGAAGCUAAAUCUUAAUUAAAUCUUUCCCCAAUUUACAAAUUGUGCUCUUGUCGAGGUUAUAAAAAGGAUAAAUUAUGCACUUCCAUUGUUUUUUGUGUUGAUACAAUGCUUUAACCUGAAGUGUGAUGUAUGGAACUCAAGGGAAAACCAAUAAAAGUGAUUAUAAAUAUUAUAAAUAAGAA